GGACACCCCUAAUGCUGACGUGCAGUCACGUGCUUCCAAAAUUUGGCGUUUAAAUCCUCGGUUUUAAUUAAGUAAUUUCUGAUUUUCUGCUUAAAUAUAAUAUAUUCGUUGAGGCUCUAAAUCAUGUCAAACAGUGAAGCAUUUCUUAAAGCAGCCGAGGACAUCAAGACACUGACCACCAGCCCGACUAAUGAAGAGUUCUUGGACUUAUACAAGUUCUACAAGCAAGCCACAGUUGGAGACUGCAACACAGACCGCCCAGGAAUGUUUGACCUCAAGGGAAAGUAUAAGUGGGACGCUUGGAACAGUCUCAAGGGGACGGGGAAGGAAGAGGCUGAGAAGAAAUAUGUUGAUCUAGUCACUGAGCUCCUAACAAAAUAUGCCAAUUAACAGGACUGGACUAUCAUAAAAUUAGACUUUGAUAAAUAUUAUUAUUAUUAUUAUUUUGUUGUUUGCUUUAAAUUUGCUUUAAAAUAGAAUAGAAAAAAUACAAAAAUUGACCU